CAAUCACAAACUUUCCGAGCAGGAAAUCAGAAUUUUCUCACAACUUUCUCCUUAAACACACACAUUUACACUUUUACUCAUGUUGAUCAAAAGUAUACCUUUAUUUUUCUCGCUCGUUUACAGUCUUGACGUCAUUUCCGACCGGAACUUCCUCCUUUACUUUUUUUUUUUUUUUUUUUUUUUUUUGCGCAACUAAAGCGCAAAGUUUGAAGCUUCUCCAGGCGGCAGUGUGCAGCUGAAGCUGGAGACAGGGAGAGAGAGAGAGAGAGAGAGAGAGUUCCUCCAUGGACCCGAGUAUUGAGGUGAUCGUGCUGAGCGACGACGAGGAUGCAGAGGCGGACUCUGACCACACGGGGGCGCACGAGAACUCCUCCGUGUUCAUAGUGGAGGAAGACGAGAUGAAUAAAGGUCCCUCGGAGACGAGCGAAAUUUUGGACGAGGACGUGACCAUCACCUUCUCCCGUAAAGCCAACAUUCUGCCUCACGCCCGGUACGACUGCACCGAGGCCUUCAGCUUUACAGACUCCAACGUCUCGGAACCAGAGAGCGAUAAUGCGGUUUUCUGCGAGCAGUGCUUCUGUUACAUCUGUGACCAGCUCGCCUCUCAGUGUAAGUUCUGGAACGUUCCGGGGUUUUGUCACUGCAACGCUCACAAACGCAGCAUUUACUGGAAAUCCCUCCGUGACAAAAGGAUCCUGGGAUUUCUGCACGAGCUGAAGUUCACCUUCAACCCGGCCGACUUGGAUUCGGACCUCCGGCGCGCUGAAACCUGCCUGCAGGAGUUUGCUCGGAGCUUAGCGGUGAAGUACGCCGCGUUCUUGGUGACGACGGAGAACCCGAACCGACAGAUUGCCUGCGUUUGCCCUUGUCACUCCACCAGAAGCAGAACUGCAGGGAGCAGCUCGGCCAGAGGGGGCACUGCAGGGGCAGUCGGGGUGGUGGGGACGGGAUGUUCGAGGUGCUACAUGGAUCACCAGAAACUUGUUCUGUACGACUACACACCCGUGAUGGAGCACGUGAUCGCGUUUCUCGACCAGACGAUGAAGGAAAACCCGAAGAGCGGCUCGGUCAUGGUGCUCGGGGCAGUUAAGCUGUUCAUCACACACUCAAUGCCUGGGACCGUACACGCGCCGGCGAUUUCACACGUCGUAAUGGAGCUGUUUUGGAGAGCGAUAUCGAUUGUGCAGAUUUGGUUUGUCGACGCCAACUUUCCGCUCUCUUUUGUCAAGCAACUGCAAGACUUUUUCCAAAUUCUUCCACUUCCUCCUGACUUCAGAAAAUUCAGAAACAGCCUGAACGUGCUCCCCUGGGACGACCCGUUGCUCUCCGCGGUGCUGAAAGGUCAGAACGUGACCGGGGUCAGGCAGGUCAAAGGCCGGCGUCAGGAGACGCUGCACGAAAUGGCGCUGGUGGUCAGAUCCCGGGUUCUGAAUCUCCAGCAGCAGAACAGGUUUCGUGAGCUGGCUCGCUACCUCAAAUACGUGAGAAGUGACAACGCUGCCAUGCUGCAGAUGAUGAGAGACUGGAUUCCUCUUUACCUGUGCAAGGUCGGCGAUUAUAACGGCGCGAUCGAAUGCUUGUUCAACCCCAUGUAUGGCUCUUCAUGCCCCGCCUCCAGGCUGAGUCCUGCCCAGUUUAAUGCCUACCUCAGAAUCUUCAUGUCUGGCCACGCCCCCCACACUAUACCACACCCACCGCAGGUGGAGUUCGGUCCUUACUCUCAAAUCGUCCACGCGGUUCAGACGGAUCCGUUACUGAGCAGCACAUGGACCCCCAUCGCAGGAGGAGCCAACCUGCUGAAAAGACCAGAGGUGCUGAAGUUUGCACUCCGAGUCAUGAAGUAUAACAAUGCAGCCUUUGCACAUAGCGAAAGCUGGAUAAAAGUGCUGGAAUUUGUCAACCUGUCGUCUCCUUCCGGUCCGGACGGCUCGUGUUUGCAGGAACCCGACUACAACUUCCUCAUGAGGUCCAGGGACGCCGCCAUGGGAAUCCUCGGCGAGCUCAAUCGGACGUCCCGGAUCCACAUUCCGAAAAGCUUUCAGAGCGGAUAUCCGGAGCAGGCCCUGUUACUCUUAGCUACACAGGCUUUAGCGUGGCGUCUUCUACACUCACGACUCAAACCCAUCCUCCCCAUCAUCCUGACCUUCACAUCAAACCCCUGGGUGAUGCGCUGGUUGUUCAGCAGCCUCCUGGUGCAGCCACAGAUGCUUCUGGAUUUGUUUCUUACGAUCCUGGAGGAACUGGUGGACAGACAAGGCAAAUCAGUUCUGCGGUUGCAGGACACAGUCGAGCACUUCUUCAUCGCCAGUUUCCUCUGCCUGUUCUUCCUGGAGCCCAGCGUCGCUCUCCAUCCCAACACUUACCCCGUUACUGAUCUGCUGGCCAAGUGGAAUGAGAGUCGAGUCUGAACCCGGACAAACGGCAAAUUCUCAUUCAGAUGAUGCAGUGGGGUCCGCGUCAGUAAUGUGUGUGUGUGUGUGUGUCAGAGCGAUCAGCUCGUAAUGUAAGAUAUCGGACCCUCGACUGUUCCUCAUAAACACUGCAGAUUGUUUGUUUGAAACGAUCGGAUUCUUGUUUUUGUUGUACAGGUUUUUUGCGUGUGGAAAAGCACGACGAGCAGCUGCUUCACAUCACACUGCAAAUGUACAUUUUCUUUCUGUUCUGUGUUCAACGGAGAAAUGUUUUAUAUGUGCGAAAUAAAAAUGUAA